UUGGACUCUAGUGGAGACUCGGCUCGCGAGCGGUCGCCGGUCGCCGGUCGCUGGUCGCGAUUUACUUUCACUGUAGUAUCUGCGGGCGCGGGCGGUGACCGGCGGCGCGGGGCUCGAGCUCGGGCGCGGGCUCGGCUCGACGCGGGUCGUCGGCCGGCCGGGAAACGCCACCGCGCCAUUCAGAACGCGCCAUGUUUACACAGAUGCGCGCCGAAUGGAGUUGCAUCACUUCCGUUUGCGUUCCGUUUCGUACUCGUUACGUAG